AUGCGACACUUGACCCUGCCCUAUGUUCGGCGCACUCGCAGCUCCAUCGCUCAGUAUAUAAAGCAGGACAACGACGGGAGGAAGACGGCUGGGGAGUCGCAGCCUGGGGAUUGUAAAUAAGACCGCAAAAACUGUGUUUUAUUUACAAAAGCGAUACCGGCUCUUUUAAAAGUACCGCUCACAGCCGUUUUAAGUCUUUUUUUGUCGUAUUUUUUGGCUCUGUCUCUCGCCAAUUUCCGUGUGGUUUGUACACUACGCGUAUAAUGGCGAGCUCGGCUAACUCGAACCAAGUGCCUAAAUUGUACAGGGGCGUAAUCGAAGAUGUGAUCAACGAGGUGCGGGAGCUGUUCCUGGAUGAGGGAGUGGAUGAGCAGGUUCUCCUGGAGCUGAAAACGCUGUGGGAGAACAAGCUGCUGCAGUCCAAAGCAGUGGAGGGCUUCCACACGGACGAGCAGGCGGCCCUGCAGGCCACUCAGCAGCAGCAGGUUCAGCACGUCCAGCAGGUCCAGCAGGUGACGCAGCCAACGCAGGCCCAGCAGGUCAUCCUGCCCCCACAGCAGCAGCAAGCAACCCCACAGCAAGUCAUUGUUCAGGAUCCGAAGAUUCUUCAGCACAUGAGUGCAACGGGGAUGAGCGCAGCAGCUACCGCAGCGACUCUAGCUUUACCCACAGGGGUCACCCCAUACCAACAGAUCAUCACCAGCCAAGGUCAGAUCCUGCAGGUGGUGCGUGCUCCCAACGGCACUCAGUACAUCAUCCAGCAGUCCCAGCAGCCAAUCGUUCUGCAGCAGCCGAUGCAGCCCGGCGGCGUUCAGGCUCCCGUUAUACAGCAGGUGCUGGCUCCCCUGCAGGGAGGUCUGCCCCAACAAACCGGAGUCAUCAUCCAGCCGCAGCAGAUCGUCUUAGCUUCAGGAAACAAAGUCCAAGGCAACACGCAGGUGGUGCAAGCGGCAACCAUGGUGCAGCAGCCCGGUCAGGCGGCGAUGGCGGCGGCCGCUGCAGCAGGAGGGGCGGCGGCGGCAGUUCAGGUCCAGCAAGCCCAGGGCGCGGCUGCACCGCAGGCCCCCCCGCAGGCGCAGCAGCAGAGCCAGCCGCAACCUCAGGCGCAGCAGCCUCCCAUGAUGCUGCAGGUGGACGGGGCGGGGGACACCUCCUCUGAGGAGGACGAGGACGAAGAGGAGGAGUACGACGAGGACGAGGAGGAAGAGAAAGACAAGGACGGUGGCGAAGACGGACAGGUUGAAGAGGAGCCCUUGAACAGCGAAGACGAUGUCAGCGAAGACGAAGAUCAGGAGCUGUUUGAUACAGAGAAUGUUGUGGUGUGCCAGUACGAUAAGAUUCACAGAAGUAAGACCAAAUGGAAAUUCCACCUGAAGGACGGGAUCAUGAAUCUCAACGGCAGAGAUUUCGUCUUUUCCAAAGCCACCGGAGACGCCGAGUGGUGAAGAAGGAAAAAGGAAAGUCAAAACAGAAAAAAGAAAAACAACAAAAAAACAAAAAACAAAACUCUGGAACUCCUCCUGUCCAUUUAACAAGACAGUCGAGCAUCCUUCCUUCCAUACUCUGUGACUGGAGAGAACUCCUAGAACCCAAAGGACGGGGAGGUUCCGUAAAAAAAUAAAACCUGGAUGUCAGCCUUGUUUGGGGGGUGGAGACACUCAAUCUAGGCCUCGCGGGAUGAGAAACCAACAGAGGAAGGAGGGAGAGGCUGGAAAUGAAAAGUUUUCUUUCUUCUUUUUUUUUUUUGGUUCCGUCUUCAUCCUCCAGGGGGCGACUCUGCCCCUUUUUUCUGGACAAAAUUCACACACACAAAAAAAAAAAAAGCAUUUCACAUGAAAGGGGUGUAGUGGACCAGGGCGAGGUGACCCCCGUCUGGCCGCAGGAGGACCGAGGUCGUUCACAACAAGCCCAUAGAUGAGAAAAAUAAUCUUUCUAAUGCACUGUAGUCGGUUGACUGGGUUGACUCGUGUCUACGUGGAAGUCCAAACUUAGUGCCACCAGUCGAAUGCGCUGCCUUCUAGAACAAUCCCAGUCACCUUUUGACCUUUUGGCUUCUGUGUUGUUUUUUUUCUAAUUCUUCUUCUUCUGUUUUUGUUGUUGUCGAGUCAUAGUUUCUCAUCACGUUUAGUCAAAAAAUGGUGCUCCAGAGUAUUUUAUUGUAGUUAAUCUGUUAUUGUUUUAGGGUUGUUGUUUUGUUUUUUUAAGUUAAUGAAGAACAAGAAAGUAAAAUAACAUUCUUAAAAGAGUUUUAAAUAAUAUCUCUCGAAUUCAAAUGAUAUUUUUUCCCCACUUCUUGCUUCUCUGGAGCUUCAUUCCAUCAUCUGCCCCCCCAAAAAAACACCAAACUAAAACAAUUCAUUUAAGAUUUGUAUAAAUGGGAAGUUUGCCAUUUCAGUGGAUUGUCUUCGCUCUUAUUUUAAUUUUUUGCAGCCGUCUAAAAAAAAGAAAAAAAAAAAGAAAAAUUUGCACUGUUAGUUUAUUGAUGUGUUGUGAGGUCACAGCCAGUUCCAAUAAUCAAUAUUGGCGUCUUCUGUUCUAUGUGUGUGUGUGUGAGUGAAAGAGAGCCACUGUGACUGAUUGUACAGACGUUGGAAGCAGUGUGAAUGUGCGCGCCACUCCUCCCUGGAAGGAAAAUUAGUUUUGUCCCUCCCCCCCA